AUGAAGUUCGCGUUAAACGUGGUCACGUUGUACGUGAUCGCGUCGAUGGUGCCCAAGACGGCGCCCAUCCAGCCGUUCUCGGAUGCCAGCCGGAAUUUCGUGCUCGACGUGUCGGCGAACGACCACAUCUGGGCGAAGCACCUGGACGUGGGCAUCAAGUUUGAUCCGAAAAAUCUGUCCGCCGCCGGCCGGAGAGUGCUCGUGGACCUGAACGUGCUGAAAACCACGCAGGCGGUCACGGCCAUACCGGUACACGAACACGGUGAGGAACAGACACCGGGUGCGGAACAGACACCCGGUAUGGAACAGACACCGUAUCAGGAACCGGUCGAUGAACAGCAGCAAGGCGUGUUGGUGGCCCGAGCCCUGCACAUCGUCAUCGAAGUGGCAACCCACUACAACACACAUGGUAUGGCGCUGGAUUUUGCGUUGGAUUCGAUGGCGAAGGCCAUCAAGUGCAAGACUCUGACGUACAUUCUGGUGCAGUUGUACGCCAUAAAGAAGACCCAAGAGCUGCAGAACGAUGCCAUCACCUCGCAGCCGUCCGAGGUCUGGAACACACUGGUCCACGUUCUGGACAAGGUGGCCGUGCUCAGGGAGUCUAUCGACGAGGAGUUCGAGCUAUACCAGAGGUGGGAAGUGGUCGCCACCCAGGUCAAGGCCAAGGAUCUGCCGCCGGACUUCGAAGUUUUUCAGAAUCUGGUCGAGAAGACGCUGGACAAGUCGUGCGAGCUGUGCCAGUUCGAACAGAUAAAGAAACACAUACAAGUCGAUGGCGCCGAGAUCUGGGAAUCGGCGGUCGAUACGAUGAAAAUCUUCAUGAAAUGCCAGGCUUUAUUGAAGGAAAUGUUUAAGGAAAUACCGAUCAGCACCAUGAACAUGAAGGUCUGGGAACAUUUUCUCAACAAACCAGAAUUUAUAGAACCGAGUGAACCGUCUUUGCCAACGGAAGCAUGA